AUGAAUCAAUCUACGAAAAAUGUGGUUUUCAUGGGAUUCAGCUUCUUCUGCGUGUCUAUUGCGCUGAAUACGGCAGGUUGUUUUUUUUUGGUUUUGAAAGGUAUUCUGACUUUUCCAGCCUUCGUCACUGAACCCUCGAUCCAUGGAAUGUCGAAUAUUUCUAAUAUCAAUCCACACGCCGGUUAUUACAGGUUUUUUUUUCGUGAAUUGCGUCGAAAUGAGCAGAAUUUCAAUUUCAGGACUUCUUUUGACCUUUUUUUUUCGAAUUUUCCUGAAAAUUGGAGAGGAAGCUCCUUGAUGUACCAGAAGAAGAUUCUGAAAGUCUCAACCUGCAAACUUCUAGUUUUCUAAGAAUGAGGGUUCAUGUUUAAGGAAAAACCAAAUUUACCAGCCUUCUAGGGGGUUUUUUAAUAACAAGAAAGUAUAGCCGGUUGAGACUUUCAGAAUUUUUAUCUGGUACAUCAAGGAGUGCUCUGGCCAAUCUUUGAGAAAUUCCCCACCCCAAAGUGACAUCAUCUCUUUUGCCCAAUAUUUUUUGUACCAAACGUUUUUUGACAGUUUGGCGAUAAUGUACGCAAUGUUCACCUUGGGAACGAUUUUCGCGACUCCGUUGGUCGACGUCCUUCGGCCAAAAUGGGCAAUGUGUCUCGCUUCAUUGGGCUAUGCAGCUUAUUAUGUAAUUUUUGAAGCUCUCUUCGAAAAACCGCGAAUUUUCGCUGUGAAAUUUGACAGGUUUUUGUCAUUUGUAUUCUAGAAAUGAAAACGUCUCCGUCACUUGACAUUUUUUGCCUGUCUGCGUCUCUCUGUUCUCUCACCGGCGAGCUCAGAGAAACAGUGAAAUAGCACGUGAAAAAGAGAUGGACGGCGUGAGAUAAGGAGGGCGCAGAGAAAAACAGCAGUUUCAAGUGGCGAAAAACGGACUAUACUUUCGGAAAAAUUUCGAAAAAAUCCAUAAAUUACCGUCUGUUAUAAAUUUUUUAUUUCAGAAGCAGAUUAGAAAUCGUCUUUUUCAGGGAACAUUCCUUCUAGUUCACGAAUUACUUCUGUACAUUAUGAGCGUCGUUCUCGGCUUCUCAGCUGCAAGUAAGAAGAAAAUACUAUAAAAUUGGCGAAAUCCGGAAGGAACUAGAAUAAGACCAAUUAAUCGAUAGGGUCGAAAAGUACUAUGAAAAGUGCAAAAAAUUAUCUUCCCUUUCUUAGGAUUUUAAAGAACUUUCAGUCUUUUUAAUGGACUUGCUGAGGUUUGAAAAAACCUUUCGGACUUUGCGGACUCAUAAAAUUUCGAAAAAUGUAAUUAUUUCAUUUUCAGUUCUAUGGACUGGCCAUGGAACAUAUAUUGCUCAGAAUAGCGAAAAAAAUAACGUUGAUAGGAACAGCGCGAUAACGUUAGGUUUCGCACAAAUGGCGUGAGUUUCUUUUUUUUUAACAAUAAAUAAUUUAAACUCAAGAAGAAUCCCUCACCGAAAAAGCUUCAAAAUAAUCUCGAAAAUUCAGGAGAUUUCCGUUUUGAAAAAAUUCCCAGAACUCCCAGUUUCAUAUUGUCCCCUUUUUUCCUUUUAUGAAGUCAAAAUCAAAAAAUCCAUCGUUUUUCUAUAAAAUUCCAAGUUUCAACAUAGAUGUAAACAGACUUAAUAACCUCUAAAAUGUAUUGAUAUGUCUAUUUUUCAAAUCCCAUCUUUUUUUUUCAGUUUAAUCGUCGGUGCUUUCUUCGUUUUCAUAGUCUUCAGUUCAACCGCUUAUCAUGACCUUUUCUCUCCUUUUACGGUAAGAAUUUGUAAAUAAUGUUCAAAAACUUUAAAGGAUCAUUGGACAAUUUUCUAAAAAGGUCUCAAAGCGAUACGACGUUCUCUGUGCUACUGUAGGUUAUGAAAAGCUUCAAGCCUUUAAGAAUAUCUAAAAAAAAAAGGGUUUAUGACCAUGAAUAUGAACACUAUGACUCUUAUAAAUUUUUUCGAACAUUUCUUUAAGGUCAAAUUGAUGUUUGGCGCGUUUUCUCUGUGUAGUUUGGUCUCGGCGAUCCUAUUCGCCUUUAUUCCUUCGAGUAGUGAAGCCGACUCAAAGGAGAGAAGCUACUUGAGAGUUUUGAGUAAGGAAAAAAGUCUAUGAUCAUGAAUUUUGAAAUAUUUACAGAAGAUGUGGAAAUUUUGAUAACCACUCCAAAUAUGCUACUUUUAUGCGUUUCUUUUGCUUUCAAUGGCCUUCAAAUCGGAUUUUGGAUGAGUGAGUUUGAAGAUUUUUUAAAUCUCUAGCUCGGAUUUCUGAUAGGAUUCUUUAAAGUUGAACUUUUAAUUUUUAAUUAAUUGUCCGAGAAAGUCGAUCAACUGGUACGCACGCUCCUGGAACCUGGUAUUGAUGUUACAGAUACCAGAAAACCUUCUAAACUUUAGCAUCGGGUUUCGACAAGCUCCGCCCACUUUUGGGGUUACGAUAGAAAAAUACCGUAAAAAAGCUGACAUUUUUUUGUAUAAGCGAAUUGGUUAAAACAAGUUUUAAAUUUAGAGGGCAUGUCUUGUUGAAAAUCCUUUAUGUUGGACAAUACUCUGGAAAUUUUCUUCCGGUGUGAAAAAUUGAACAGACUUGAAAAAAAAAACCCCUCCUCUUUGUUAGAAAAAGAGAUUAAAAAGCUUCAUAUAUGGAUAACUGAAGAUCCAAAAAAACGGAGAAAAUUCCCUUUUUUGCAGUUGUCUACCCCACGAUUUUGUCCUUCACUCGAUCACUUAUCAAAGAUUUCAAGACCGCCGUCCCUCUUGUUAGUAUAUUCAUUGGUAUUGGCGCUGUUGUCGGUGAGAUUUUAAAUUUUUAAACUAUUAAAUUUCUAGUUCCAGCUGCGACAAUUGUAACAGCCUACGGGAAACAUAUCCACAAAGUUGGCCGAAAAACGAUUUUGUACCUUGGAAUGACGAUUCACCUCGUUUGCUUCACUUUGAUCUAUUUGAGUUCGCCGAAAGAAUCUUCCCUGCAUCCUACGGACAGUACUGAUACGGUUAUCACGCCUACGUGGGUUUCUUAAAAUUUUGACCGCGUUUGGAAUGGUUCAAAGCGUUACGGUCGGAUUUUUGUUAAAAAUCUGGAUGUAAAGCAAUUUGCAAUGCUUUUCGAUCCUCCAGGGCGUCAGUAGUUUCGGGUGCAAGUUGAAAAAUUUCUAGCCUUUCUAAUUGCGCCCUUGGGCUUUCAAGUCAGAAAAAAAACCUGGCAGCUUCUUUUUCAAUUUUUACUCAAAUUUGAUUUGGAUGCGACGCUUCCUGCAAUGCUUUUUGAUCCUCCAGGCGUAAGUAGUUUUGAGUCGGGUGCAAUAUAGAAAGUUCUAGCCUUCUUAGUGUGGCCGUGUGCUUUCAAGUCGCAAAAAAGCCUCUUCUUAUUAUGUAUUAUUCAAAUUUGAAAACCCGUUUUCAGAAUUUACCUCGUCGUUUUCAUCGGAUUCCUUCUGGGGAUCGCUGAUAUCAUUUGGUUCCAACAGACCCUCGCUUUCGUUUGCGAUGCUUAUCCACAUAACGAGACACCGGCUUUCGCUAUUAGCCGAUUUUUACAGGUUAUUUUUAGGUUCUGUGGCGAAAAAAUAAUAUUUCAAUACCUGUACGUAAAGGGGCCUGGGAGAUUUCAAGUGAAUAUUACAGAAUAGCAUGGGUAACUCCAGACAGUAGGUCCAGACAAUGCCAGAUUUUUUUCAUUUCCUAAUUCAGUAAUCAAAAAAUCAGUAAAAUGAGUAAAUAAAAAAGGUCCCUUGAAAAUCGUUCGGAAAAAAAUAAAAAUAAAACCAGGAAGGCUUCUGUUGUUCUGAGCUGAUUUUUCAGCUUGGAAAACUUAUUUCUUCAAAAAUUAUCAUACUGAAAAUACUGAGAAAACUACGUAACAUAAAAAAACCCGAAAACGGAACUACACUCUAUUUUGAGGCGCUUAUGUCGGGCCUGGUGAUGAUCUACUCGUCGGCCUUCUCUUUACUGUUUCAAAUGGUGUUGGCGUCAUUUUUAAGCGUUUCCGCGUGUGUGACUUUCACUAUUUUGGAGCGGAACUUGAAGUUGGACAUUGGAAAUGAAUCAUUUUUCAAGCGACUUCGGAAAAGAGGUCAAUAAAGUUGAUUCACCGCUAGCUUUAUUUUAAUUAUUCCGAAGAUUGGUUCUUUUUUAAAGUUGAAGUCAAGCUAGCGGUGAAAAUUUCGAAAAAAAAGGAGGAAGAAUUUUUUUUCAGACGUGUACCCUGACGACUUUGAUAUACGGAACAUAUCAGCGAGGCCAUCGGUUUAUUAA